AAUGAGCACCAAUAUGUUUAAUGUCCUCAACAUAUCAGAUGAUGAGGAUUCUAAAACUCAAUAGACAUAAUAGAAAACACAAUAAUAACAAGCUAAAAAGAGUAAGUGUGUUCUUUCAUAAUUUAUUAGAUAAAUAAAAGCGUGAGUAGGAAUAAGUGAUUCCUGUUGAAUAAGUUAAGAAAGAAAGCACUUAACAUCAUAAUCCAGCUCCAAAAUAAAAGGGAUUAACAGCUGAUCCUCAUCCAAAGGACAGACACUCUGGAACAGGAAUAGGAAAAGAACUUCGUAAAGAAGGUGGUGGUCGAAGAAAUUGGGGAAAUUAUAAGGACGAUUUAAAGUAGGAGAAAUACUAAGGUGCAAUUGAGGGAAAGGAAGCACCAUAAGAAUAAAAUACUGAAUAAUAAGGCGAAGAAUAAUAGCCAUAAGAAAAUGUACCUCAAGCACCAGCAGAGAAGACAUUAGCAGAUUAUUAUUAAGCAAGAGGAGUGGUAAAGAAUGAUUUAUAAUAAUUAAAAUAGAAUGUGGAGGAAGUCCUAAAAAAUUAGAAAUAGAAAGUAUAACCAGUAGUAAAGAUUGAUGAGGAGGCAUUGAGAAAGGAGAAAUUAUAGGUGAUGAGAACAAGAGAAGAUGAGAAGAGAGAGAAGGAAUAGAAGGCAAUAAAGAAAUCAAGUGGUUAGUAAUAAUAGGGAUAUAGAAGUGAAAUGAAUACAGAGGGAUAGUAAUAUUUUGGAUUUACAAAUGAUACAAGAAGAAAUGAUAGGAAUGAAAAGAAUGAUAGGAAUGAUAGAAAAGAUAAUAAUAAUUAUAAUAAAGGAUAAAAGAAAUAAGUACUUAUUAUUUAUUAUUUAAUUUAUUUAGUAAUAACCAAAUAAUGGAGUUCAAUUUGAUGAUAAGGAUUUCCCAUCAUUAUGAA